CAUUAAUAAAAUGAUGACAAAAGUCAAAAACUAAAUGUUACCCCGGACACACCUUAAGCUUCUGGCUUAUUUCUAUAUAAGUUUGCAGAAUAUGAGCCCAUGUAAUGUUGCUUCAACAAGUCCCCAUCUUUAGAUCAAAUCAACUUUCACAAAUACAGAUUUUCAGAAGAUUCCUUCGAAAUAGGAAAAAGAAUAAAAAUGAGAGUGGCGUUGAUCGGAGGUGGGAUAAGUGGAUUGGGAAGUGCCUACGUUCUUGCAAGAGAUGACGCAGUUAAGGAGUUGGUGUUAUUCGAAAAGGAGGAGUCUCUGGGAGGUCAUGCUAGAACGAUGCGUUUAGAUGGCAUUGACUUAGACCUUGGAUUCAUAGUCUUCAAUAGUGUUACGCAUCCAAACAUGAUGGGAUUCUUGAAGAGUCUAGAGGUAGACAUUGAAGAUUCUGACAUGUCUUUCUCAGUAAGCCUUGACAAUGGCCGAGGCUACGAAUGGGGAUGCCGCCACGGCCUUUCAAGCUUGUUUGCUCAGAAGAGAAACAUUCUCAAUCCGUAUUUCUGGCAAAUGAUCAGAGAAACAAAGAAGUUCAAGGAAGACGUACAAAAAUAUCUCGAAGACCUGGAGCGAAACCUUGAUGUUGACCGUACAGAAACCCUUGGAGAGUUUCUCAAGUCUCAUGGGUACUCUAACUUGUUUCAAAAGGCUUACUUGGUACCAGUAUGUAGUUUGACAGGGUCAUGUUGUGUAUCAGACAGCGUCCUUAACUUUUCCGCUUACUCUGUUCUUUCUUUUUGUCGUAACCACCAUUUGCUUCAGCUCUUUGGGAGGCCACAGGGGCUGACUGUUGCAGGAGGUUCCCAGACUUAUGUGGCAAAGGUUAGGGCAGAAUUGGAGAAACGAGGAUGCAAGAUUAGAACAAGUUGCAAAGCACAAUCUGUUGCGACAUCGGAGGAUGGUUGCGUCGUAGUAACAACUGAAGAUGGAUCUCAAGAAGUAUUCGAUAAGUGCAUAUUAGCUGUGGACGCACCAGAUGCUCUGAAAUUACUUGGAGAACAAGUUACUUAUGAUGAGACUAGGGUUCUUGGCGCUUUCCAAUACACUGACAGCGAUCUUUAUCUCCACCGUGACAUUGAUCUGAUGCCACGGAACACUACUGCUUGGAGCGCUUGGAAUUUCCUAGGAAGCUCUGAAAAUAAAGCGAGCGUUACAUAUUGGCUCAAUAUAAUUCAGAAUCUUGGAGAGAAACAUGAUCCAUUCUUUCUCACAUUUAAUCCUGAAUACGCCCCAAAGAAAACAUUGUUCAAAUGGACCACUAGUCAUCCUGUGCCUUCUGUUUCCACUUGGAAAGCUUCACAAGAGCUAUACCAGAUUCAAGGGAAACGCAGUCUAUGGUUCUGUGGUGCAAAUCAAGGCUAUGGUUUCCAUGAAGAACGACUAAAGGCUGGUAUGGCCGCUGCACAAGGUCUGCUAGGAAAAGAUAUGGUUCCUCCUCUGAGCGACCCGAAACAUAUGGUCCCAUCUCUAACCGAGAAAGGGGCUCGGUUAUUCGUUACUAGAUUCUUGAGACAUUUCAUAUCAACCGGUUGCAUAAUAAUACAUGAAGAAGGAGGAACAGUUUUCACUUUCCAAGGAAAAGAUUCGAGAUGUGACUUGAAAUCUAUCCUGCAAAUUCACAGUCCUCAGUUUUACUGGAAGGUUAUGACACAGGCAGAUUUAGGUCUUGCUGAUGCUUAUAUCAAUGGAGAUUUUUCGUUUGCUGAUAAGGAAAGAGGACUUUUGGAUUUUAUCAUGAUUCUCAUUGCUAACAAAGAGCUGAACUCAAAAAACUCAAAACUUGCUAAGAAAAGGGGAUGGUGGACACCGAUGUUUCUGACUGCCGGUUUAGCAUCUGCAAAUAAUUUUCUAAAGCAUUUCUCUAGGCAGAACACACUAACUCAAGCUAGAAGGAACAUUUCUCGUCACUAUGACCUUAGUAACGAGCUUUUUGCUUUGUUCUUGGAUGAUACCAUGACUUAUUCCUCUGCAGUAUUCAAGUCGGUUUAUGAAGAUCUGAGAAUUGCACAAAUGAGAAAAAUAUAUCUUCUGAUUGAUAAGGCAAGGAUAGAGAAGGACCAUGAGGUUUUAGAAAUCGGAUGCGGGUGGGGAACUUUGGCCAUAGAAGUUGUGAGAAGAACUGGAUGCAAAUACACUGGCAUCACACUAUCUAUUGAACAACUUAAGUAUGCAGAAGAAAAAGUGAAAGAAGCUGGACUUGAGGAUCGGAUUAAGUUCAAGCUCUGCGAUUAUCGCCAACUAUCUGAUGCUCACAAAUAUGACAGGAUUAUAUCUUGCGAGAUGCUAGAAGCUGUUGGCCAUGAAUUCAUGGAGACAUUUUUUAGUCAUUGUGAAGCUGCACUUGCAGAAGACGGUGUUUUUGUAUUGCAGUUCAUAUCAAUACCUGAGGAGCGUUAUGAUGAGUACAGACUAAGUUCAGAUUUCAUAAAAGAAUACAUAUUUCCUGGUGGAUGCCUUCCUUCUUUAGCCAGAGUUACUUCAGCUAUGGCAUCUUCUUCUAGGCUAUGCAUUGAAAACGUUGAGAACAUUGGGAUUCAUUACUACCAAACAUUGAGAUUGUGGAGGAAGACCUUCUUGGAAAGACAGAAACAAAUAAAUGAUCUUGGAUUCGACGAUAAAUUCAUAAGGACAUGGGAAUAUUAUUUUGACUACUGUGCAGCUGGUUUCAAGACUCUUACCCUUGGAAACUAUCAGGUAGUUUUCUCACGUCCUGGAAAUGUGGCUGCACUUGGGGAUCCAUUCCGCAGCUUCCCUUCUGCUCAAGUAUAAUCAAGAAUAUAUGAAUCUUUUUUUUUUAACUUUCUUAAAGUACUACUUUAAUUUCUUGUGUUGUUUCCUAUAAUUUGUUUGCGUGUGAAAGUAUAAAUGUAAACAUGUAAAAAUAUAUGGUUCCAUGAUUCUCUACCAACAAUAUUGCAUUAUCAAUGUUAUGUACUGAUUUGUGAUCGACUCGUUUUAUUGUUUUGUGUUUAUCUUAUGUAUUUUUAUAUUCAUAUAGGAUUAGGAUAACUACUAGUUAUAUCGAUCUAUUAAUAUGGCCGACUAUAUUUUAAUAUAUAAAACAGACUUUUCUGCGUUUCAAUGUGUCCACGUCGUUUUUGGAGGCUGGGGCAUUUUGCGACAUGUGUCGCGACGUCAUUGCUCUAUUCCUUUUUUUUUCUUUCACGCGCUUUGUUUUAGUUUCUGAAUCAGGCACUUUGUCUUCCUGACAACGCUGCGAUCUCGUCCUCAAACCUCAAUCGGCGACGUAGAGCAGUAACGUCUAUCCUUUCAAUUAAUCACAUCUUUACUCCAACUUUUAUCGAUUGCUCCAAUCCGCCUAACAUCUCUCCUCAAGUGUCUCUAUCACCAUAGGGGAAAUUAGGACACUGUGCCGUCUAAUGUUGAAGCUUUUUUGAUUGUCGAUGGCUUUUACGAUUUCUUGUCCGUAACGGUUACAUACUGUACUCACUUUAAUCCAACCUUAAGGGAAAAGAGUGCUAGAGCUUGGAGCUGGCAUCAAUCGUUUCAAUUGUGAACUGGCUCAAAAGGCUGGUUAAGUCAUCUUCCUUGACUUCAUCGAAAGUGCCAUUAAGAAGAAUGAAAGUGUGCUGACGUGACAUUUCCAGACCUGAAAACCGAAUAUGGAUCCGCUGACUUAAUUUUCCCAAAUUAUGUGUCUCUCAGAUAAAGAGGUGGAGUUUUUGGCAGAAGGAAUGCUUGGAUGGGUGAAAGCCAGGAGCAUACAUUUUCUUCAGAGAAUCAUGUUUCUUUUAAUCAUAACAAGGCAAGCGAAAAUCGAUACCCCACUCACUAUCGUGAACCAAGAUUCUAUACAAAGUUUUUCAACGAACGCAAACACGUGAUGCUUCUGGCAAAUCAUUUGAGCUCACUAUGGUUGGUUGAAAAUGCAUUAGGGCGUAUGUGAAAAACAAGGAGAAUCAAAAUCAGAUUUGCUGGAUUUGGCAAAAAGUAAGCGUGGAGAAUGACAAGGAUUUCCACAAAGAUAUCCUGAUAACUCUCCGUCAUUUACAGCAGUGACACUAUUCUCCACAUCCAAGUAAGCAGCAAUCACUCUUGAAGAUUCAUAUCCCUUUUAAGAGUAAUCAUCAUCUGUCUCUUUUUUCCAAGACAAGCCAGCUCUGUUUAUGACAUUCUUCAAGUGACUAUUGCAAGAGUGAUGAAACUCCGUUCCAGUAUUCGCAGAGUACAUUAAACAAAGAGGAUAUGAUAUCCAUGAUGUUCAAGCCUAUGGACAGUAAUGCUGAAAGAUGCAGGUUUUGAGGAUGUGAUCGAUGAGGACAUUAUUGAUCAGUUUGUCAAGUCCUCAGACGUGCGUUAGAGAAAGUGGAGAAAGAAAAGGAAGAAUUUAAUCAUCUGCGACUUCUCAGAAGUCAAAAAACAUGAUCAAUCAGAAAGAAUCAGUUCAAAAAAUCUCUCCUGUUGUUAAAAUCAAAGGCUAACCGUGAUGGAGAUGAUCAAGGUUAAAAACACUUCAGAACACCAUACGAAAACAGGCAACAGGUGUGAAACUGUUCCAGCUAACAAUAACCUCAACGACGGCCACAGUCGUCUUCAUGAGAUGGAGUCGGAAUAAAAAAACAUUGUUCUUUUUUAAUCACCAUACUCCGAGCAUUCCAAUCUUUCAAAACAAGUCAUAUACUUUUGCAUUUCUCAUAACUUCGUAGCCAAACUUAUGUAUUCUCUCACUUUAUGAUCAGUUUGAUUUAGUUCCUGGA